UUUACCUUACAUUAGAUCAGUUUAAAGAUAGCAUGAAAGCUGUUUGGCUAUGCAAAUUCUUGUAUAUGAUCAUUUUAGUUUAAAUAUUAACAUCUUCAUUUCCUUUAUAUUUUACUCUAUUAGAUUUUGAUGGCAUCCACACCAAAACGCAGGAGGCGGAACAAGUCACCCUCGCAUCCUCCCACAGAAAUCCAACCUCAAAGCGGUCUUAUGUCUCUUGAGGACAGAGACACAAUGAUAAGGACGUGCAUGGCCUCUAUCAUCCCAACCAUUGAAAAUACUUGUCGACGCUAUAUGGAUGAAUAUCCCCAUGGUGAGAGCAAUCCUUCAUUGUCAAUCCCCACGCAGACUGCAACUUCACAACAGCAAUCAGCCGACACUCAACAAGCCUCUUCGCAAGCAGUAACACCUGACCAUUCCCUACUGCAAGAAAUAACUUCUCAAGGUGAAAAAAUUCAAAGCCCGUUUUCCACAUAUGGACAACGAGCCAACUCCAGUUCCUCCAGCAUUUGUGCGGAAUUGACUGAAACAGCAAUUUUUUUAGUCCGCAACUCUCUGUCUGAAUCAACAUUAUCAGCUUACAAAUCAGCUUAUUUAACCUACAACUGUUUUAAUGAACAAUCCUUUCAACAUAACGCAUCUCCUCUACCACCCUGUCACUUAGUUUUAUUUUCCAACUUGGUAACUACACGGAUAUUACACAACAUUUCACCAUUCGUAAAAUGCUUCAGGGAUUCCGGAAAUCAAAACCAUCAUCUGACUCACGGCUACCUAUAACACCAACAAUUUUGAAGAAAAUAAUUCAUGCUUUGGAGUUUAGUACCACAUCAGCUUUUACUAAAUCCCUCCUCCGGGCCAUGUUUACCUUAGCAUUUUGUGUUUUUUACGAGUAGGAGAGCUUACCAAAACAAAUGCUCCAACCCAGCAUUUCCUUCUUUUUUGAUAUAUCACGUUAGGAUCUAAUAGUCCAUGCAAUAGGUAUAUACUAGUAGAUAUAAAUAUACCUCACUUUAGGCAUUCUAAAGCAAACACAACUACUCUACGCCUGCAGCAAAAUACGACGGAUCCUUUAGUUUGCCCAUGCCAAGCACUUCUACAUUUCCUAAAUCUUAGGAAACAUUCCUCACCAUCAGAGCCGUUAUUUUUCUUCAUGGAUGGUUCGCCCAUCUCGCGUCAAUACUUCACACAGCAACUGCGUUCUGCUUUAGCUUUUUGUAAUUUGGACUUGCAUCUUUACAAAGCUCAUAGCUUCCGCAUUUAGGCUGCUACUACAGCUGCCUCUCAGGGGUUUUCGGAAUUACAAAUUCAGAGCAUGGGUAGAUUGAACUCUGGUGCUUUUGAAAAGUACAUUAGAAUCCCAACACUUAAGUUUUAAUUGACAUUCGUUUGAGUUUUGACAUUUUUUAAUGGACAGUGAAGAUCCUUUUUUUCUAGCAACCAUUAGACAGGGGCUACUGGUUGUGUUUUGAAUAUCUGUGCCAUUAUCUUACUUUGAGUCAGGGGCUCAAACAGUCAAUUUGCUUGUACAUGUUUUGUCUUUUGUAAUAAUAGUCUUUAUGUUGUAACCUUUUUUAGUUUAUAGUUAAUAUUAACCAUA